UGGACGAGGCCCCUCUAGCGGCCGAAGGGAGAACCAGCCCGGCGGUGGGUUGAGCAGCCCGCUGGGCGUCCCCCGCUAACAGCCGCUGACGGGCCGGGGCGGUGGCCCCGCUGCCGCUUCCACCAGGGAGCAUCCUCGUGGAGCCCUGACGUGCCUCGGGGACCGUGUGAGCCCCCACACCCUGCGCCUGCGUCCACCUGUGGGCUCUGUUGCGUCUUGCUCUCACCGCACGCCUGCAGCUCAGCAGCCCAGCAGCCCCCAAGGCUGUCGGUCAACCCGGUCCCUCGCUGCCGUCCCCCAGGGGUUCAGCUGUGACCCAGAACCUGCGCGUGCGGUUUCCCUGCACUCGCUACUCGGUCCAGAGCCUCACAGCGACCUCUGCGGGAGACGUGGAGGCCCCACAGGUUUUACGAGGAAAUGACAUUGAGGUGACCUCAGCGACGGCAAGGGGCUCAGGUGCUUAGAAGAAUGAGAGGCUGAGGUUCUCCUCCCACAGACGGAACAUGUACAAGAAUGUUGCCAACUGGGACAACCUCAUCUGGAAAAAACAGGGGCCUGGCAAGCCGAAGAAGCCUGGUAACAGACUACAGAAAGGCUUUACUGCUGCAUACCCUACUCAAUACUCCAUCCCCUAUAGAAAUAAAAUAUCAAAACUUCAAGAGCCGGAAAAGAAGGGGUUCAACAGCCAAGCCAGGAGAUUUUAUCACAAAAUGGAUGACAUCCCAGGCCCUGGGUUCUACAAUGUCGUCCACCAGUCCCCGGUAUUCAACAGUGCCUCUCUCUCCAAGAAAGGAACCUGCACUUUUCCCUCCACGUGUGCUCGGCUUAGCAGCAUCAUAUCCAAAUAUCCCGCCGCCAAUGCGUAUACCAUCCGGUCAACCUUGGUUUCCAAGAAGGACUUCAGCAAUUCGUGUUCCAGCAUGUUCCAGCAGCCAAUCUUCAUGAAAGUGGUCAAAUCCGAAACCCCCGCCCCGAACCAUUACAAUGCCUCCAUCUCUUCCUGCGCACAGAAAAACAAUGCCUGUUCUGGGUUUCUAUCGAAAACACAGAGAGGAUCCUUCCCCAUGGUCACAUUGGGAGGGCCAGCGCCAGGGAAAUAUGAUGUGAACGAGGCCCUGGUGAAGCAAUCGCCGAAGAUCUUAGUGUCCUGCUUCAAGUCAACAACCGGCCGUGGAUUAAAACUGACAUCAAUGGGCCCAGGGCCAGGUUACUACAACCCCAAUGAGUGCAUCAAGAUUCUGAAGAAGCCUAGUGUCCCGAAGACCACGCUCCUGAACUUCUCCGCCCACCCUCUGCUUCUGCCCCCGAAGCCACCCCCCCCAGGCCCUGGCCAGUACGACAUUGUGGACUAUGAGGGACCUCCUAAGCACUUCAUCUCCAGUGCGUCGUUCGUGUCCAACACCAGCCGGUGGCCAUCGUUGUCAUCCAAAUCAAGCCUGCCCGGCCCAGCCACAUACAAGCCAGAGAUCCCGGGGAAGCAGUCAUUCCUCUACAAUGAGGACAACAAGUGGAUCCCGGUGUCAUAGAGACAGCACAGGAGCUCAGGGAGAGGCUCAUCUCAGGCUCUCUCCCCGCCCUGUUCCCCAGGCCACCCAUCAGCAGAACGUGCCUUUUCCGUGUCACCCAGCCCAGGGUCGCAGACCGUCUGGAGCUGCCUUGUAAGGACUUGACCACCCUCCGUCCCUACCAUGCUUUUCCAAGCAGAGAGAAGGAAUGGGCAGAGCUCUCUGGCUACCUCCGUGUCUGCCUCCAAGCUGGUUCCCGUGACUCCACUCCCCAGAGUUAAGGGGUCUUGGAGCACUAUUUGUGACGUCGCGUCCCAGCCUCCUGCCAUGGCAGCCUGUGGUAAAAGCAACUCAGCCAAGGUGCUGAGGCCUGAUCUCUGACCUCUGGGAGGCAGAAAGGCACAGAUGUGUCCACAACCGAGGCACAUGGAUAUUCCCUGGGCACUGCUGCCCUCAGCGUUGUUAUUACGCAGCAAGAACAUGGAAACUGGCCGUGAACUGCUCAUCACUCCCAUGACCGUACAGACUCUGGAUUCAUCAGCAGGCAAGGCAGGACCUGGCUGGAGCUAGAGGCCUGGAACCAGAGUCCCCAGGGCAGGGAGGACCUCUGUGUCCCUUGCCUUCAUGUCCUCACCUCCCCAACCUUGGCUCUGCUCUGCCUGGCCUCUGUCGCCAUAUCGCCUUCACACUCUAAUUCUGAGUGUGCAUCAGUUAACUAUGUUGGAUGGAUGGUGUUUCUAACCGUGGCUUGCCUGCCGUAGCUGGGGGGAGAGCUGACCAAGAGCCAAGGUGAAAUUAAACUGACCACACGCCCUCUCCUUCCCCAGGUGCUAAUAAUGUGUGCCACUUUCCUAAAUGGGAUCCUCUCGGACUCCCCUUCCCUCCUCCACCCCCACCCCCAUUUCCCUUCCACUCCCCCUUCCACAGGGGGCUACUCGCCUCCCUGACAUGCUCUGGGAACUGUGCAUCCCGGACCUCCCAUCCGGACUGGCUGCCUUAUUGGCUUUCCUCUCCGGGGGGAGGGAAGCGAGGCAUGAGGAAGAGGGAGGGAAGGAAUGAAAAAACUUAUUCAAUUAAAUGGAAUUCUUGA